AUGCCUCAGGAGAGGCAUGAGUCUCUCCUCGCAAGUGGAGCACUAGCACUGCCGAGCAAUCCACUCCAAAAUGUGCUGCUACAAGCGUUCAUUGAAUAUGUUUUCCCGUGCACACCGGUCGUUGACUGGCAGUUGAUGCUCGACACCGUGGCCGAUCAACAAGGUGGAAAUGGUCAGAUCAGCUUGCUUCUUUAUCAUGCAGUCAUGGCCUCUGCGAUUCAAUAUGUUGCGCUCGACCAUCUUCUACGAGCUGGCUACCAAACCCGGCAAGAGGCAUAUGUGGCUAUGUCGCGCAAUGCAAAACUUGUUUACGAGUCAGGGUAUGAGACUGACAACUUCGUUAUCCUCCAGUCCCUUCUCAUGAUGAAUCACAGCUCGGAAGCUCCCGGCGGGGGACAGGAAUGGUAUCGGAUAGACAAAGCCAUUUCCAUAGCCCAAUCACUCCACUUAUUGCAAGACCAGCCAGACCAGGCUUAUAGCCCUGACCGCCUGAAACUUCGCAGAAGAAUAGCCUGGGCAUGCUACGUGCUGGACCAUUUAUCUUCAUUCCAGUCACGGUGCAUGCCUUUAUUACGGAAAGAGAACUUUGAUAUUCCGGAGCUGAUAAAAAAGGACUUCGAUCUGCAACGUGCCUCCUCGGUCGGGCGCCAGCUUGUCCCUGACUGCUCUUUUGCGUGCGAUGUGGAAAUCCAACGAAAUACCGCCAUCAUUUACAUUUCUAUUUGUCAGCUUUGUGAGGGUAUCGGCCAUGUAUUGGCUAUUCAGGGAAAGAGAAAUCCACGCCUCAAGACGGAGACAGCAAUGGCGGAUAUAGAAACCAAGAGCCGUCCAGAAUAUCUCAGGAGAAUCUGCGCAGCCGAGGACAUCCUGACCCUCUGGAAGAACACUCUACCUCCGGAAUGUCGAUUCCGUCGGGGUAUCCGUCAAGAUGUGAGUGACAGUAAUGCCCAGAUUGCUGUUCAAAGGUGUCAUUUGCAUAUGCUCUAUUACAGCAUCCUUGCGGUGCUACACCAAGCUCACCUGUGUUCCUCUUCGGAAUAUGAUACCAAGUAUGCAGCUAGCCAGAUCACACAGUUAGCAUCAGAACUACACGGUCUGGGCUUGGAAUGCUAUCUGCCUGCCACGGGGAUAACGUGUAUACUGAUUGCCAUGAUCGUCCACAUCUCGAGUACGAAAAGGGCUGCGGGGCUGGAGCGGCACCAAGCAAUGAAGGACUUUCAGUCAUGCCAGAAAGUGAUGAUGGGCCUCCAAGAGGUACAUCCAGGGGUGGCUCUUGUCAAUAUGUCAACGUUGCAUGUACUGAACCGAUUCACGUUUGAUGGCGUUUUAACUCCUCCUGCAGAAGGAUCUGAAACGUACACACCUCACCAUUCAGAUGGCUGUCUUGAUCCGAUGGGUGGGAUACUCAUUCCACAAACUGAUGAAUACCAAGUAACCUGA